AAUCUCUCUCUCUCUCUCUCUCUCUCUCUCUCUCUCUCUCUCUCUGAGAACGGCCAUUAAUGGUCUUCAUCUCUUUUUCUCAGCUGAAACACGCAUAGAUUUCAAGAAGCUUGGAAUUCAGCAUUGCAAUAUAAGGCAUGGGGCGACAUUCUUGUUGUUACAAGCAGAAGCUAAGGAAGGGCCUCUGGUCUCCCGAAGAGGACGAGAAGCUCCUCAAUCACGUCACCAAACACGGCCAUGGAUGCUGGAGCUCUGUUCCUAAACUCGCCGGGUUGCAGAGAUGCGGUAAAAGCUGCAGACUUCGGUGGAUUAACUACCUGAGACCUGAUUUGAAGAGAGGGGCUUUUUCAUCAGAGGAAGAGAAUCUGAUCAUCGAACUCCAUUCUGUUCUUGGAAACAGGUGGUCUCAGAUUGCUGCAAGGCUUCCGGGAAGAACAGACAACGAGAUAAAGAAUCUAUGGAACUCAUGCAUCAAGAAGAAGCUUAAGCAGAAAGGGAUUGACCCAAACACGCACAAGCCUCUCUCCGAGGUUGACAACAAUGGCGACAAUAAAGAAAAACAGACAAGAACAUCACCUGCAGAAACACCGUCCAACAAGUCUUCUCUUGUCUGUAAUAACGAGCCCAAACUCGUGAACCCAUCUCGGAGUUCUUCAUCUGCAGCUAAUCAUCAAGACUUCUACCCGGAGAGAGCUUCGGAUUUAUCCGACUUUUUCGCUUUCCAGAAGCUUAAUUUCAGCUCCAACCUUCUCUCCUCGAUGCUCUCCUGUAGCAUGCCGAGUUCCGUUCCAAACUCGGUCUUUCAGACGCCGGUUUGCGUGAAGCCGUCGGUUAAUCUCCCGACGGGAAACAGUUCCAGUUCCAGGGUUUCUGGAGGAGACCAUCAUCCCAAGGCGGCGGCGGCGCCGACAUGGGAAGUGAGCUCAUCAAGCUUCGCCAACAACGGCGGUGGCGGUGAAUUGCAGAGUAACGUCAGUCCUUCGAGUUUCUUCGACAAUGGCGGCGGCUUCACGUGGGCGAUCACGGAUUCACCAACGCUCGUAAAAGAUAAUACCAAUCCCUUGGAAGAAGAGAUGAAAUGGUCAGAGUGCGGACUCAACGCUGAGUUCUUCGUCGGAAGCCAAAGCUCUCAGCCCAUUUACGUUGGUCCGAUGGUGAAAUCAAACACCGAUUACUUAGCCAAUGACUCGAACGCAUCCACUGAUCCUUGGAGCCAAAACCAACAUGAUUUCCAUGCGACCGUGCCAUUUGGUCAGACCCUUUAGCUUGAUUUUAACACACAUAUAUAUACUAUAUAUAUGUAUACGUACAUACAUUGAAGAAAUUCUUCUGUAUGGUAAUGACUCAUUGGGCAUGUUGUCGUUUUCUGUAAGUGUGGCUUAUACUUUGGUGUUCUUCUUCCUUCUCUGUAAAUUUCAGUCUCAUACUAUAUAUACUUGUUUUGAAUCCUUUUGUUACAAAAAUA